UCGGAAUACACAAAGUUUGGGGAAUCCAGAUCCGGUCACGAUCCUCGCCCUCCCUUUCGAUAGAGUUCCGAUACUACUUGACCCCGGUCAGCCAAUUGGCCUUAUUCCAAGCAAUAUUUUGGCCACGCGGCACACAUUUAGUUGGCUUAUUAUCCUCCUCCUUUGGCACCCGCCAACUCUGUUCACCUACCUCGUUCCCUUAUACAUACCUACCUAGCUUCCUAGCUUCACAUUGCGAUCCUCUCGUACCUUCAUAAACUAGCUCUCAGACACAUUUCUCGCACCAUCCGGUUUGUCGAAUACUGUUUUAUAAAGCGCCCCCAAGUUCGCUAUUAUACCCGCUUCGCUUCUUAAUUUGCAUCAUGUCCGGCUCACAAGCAAACGACGGGCCGCCCUUAUUACGUCCUGUCCCUCGCCGACCCUUUGAACUGAACCGCAAGCAACCCACACCACCUCACGACAAUGACGAGAAUCAUCUUCCCUCCACUGGCUCACAACACGGUCUCUCGCUGAAUCUCGACACUAUAAACAGUCGCCUACUCGAUCCAAGAAACAGUGCCCCUUCUCCCGAUUACACCCCCAUCAGUCGUACACAGUCCGUGCUUAACAUGACGGGCUCAACGCUGAUGGGAAUCUACUCGCCCACAAUAUAUGGGAAAGAUAGGGUCAACCCAACGGACGAUAGUACGCCUUGGGGGACUGGAGCCGAGACACCUGCUAGGAACAUAAGCGCAGAAGAACCGUACUACAAUCUUCACAAGGAGAGGGCACAGCCAAUAAGGAGGCGGUCCUCCCUUCAUCCGCCUACACGUCUAGAACCGCUGUCUACUUUACAGCGCAUUUUUUACAUGGGUUCGCGAGGCCUUCUCUUGUUCAGCCUGGGCGUGCUCUACGGGAUGCUAGUCGCCCAGAUCCGGGAUAAGCAACAGACCACGAAGGCAUUCCAGAUGGACGGCAUGAUUAAGGCCGCUGACGGUGGAUAUGACUGGAGAUACAUGACUUUUUGGGGGGUUGCCGGAGUUAUGAUGGGUUAUCUGCUGCCGUGGUUCGACGGCGUCUGGGAGCGGGCAUUUGGUAGCAACGACGAAGUCCUCGAGUGUGCUGCUAAGCACGGCAUGGGCCCAGAUCAUGUAUGCAAAGAGGCCGCCACGUCUACGGACUGGGCGCUAGCCAUCAGGGGUAUAGGAACUUUUGUUGGAAUUGCUUUUGCUAUCCGAAAACUCCCCUGGGACUCUACGCUUCAAGUCUCUACAACACUGGCGCUUGUUAAUCCCGUGCUCUGGUUCCUCAUUGACCGUUCUCUUCCCGGGUUCAUCCUAUCGACAACCGUCGGAAUUACUGGGUCGAUCAUACUCAUGGGUUUAGUACCAGACAUGGUGCCUACCCCGGCGAACUCGUCCACGUCCGGAAUCUCUAGUCAGCAGUAUAAUGUAUCAACGACCGAUGCGCAUUUUCCUGGUUUCCAGCAUGAGCCAACGGUUUCGUUCGGCGGUCUAACGCUUAGCCAAGAGACGGUAGCGAUGAACAUAUGGGUCAUGAGUGUUCUGUUCUGCUGCUGUGUGUGCUUUGGAAACAUUGGCCGCUGGCUCGCGUUGAACCGGGGCGCCGCCGCAAAGGGACGAUGGGCGGAGCGUCGAUAAGCAUUUCGAAAAGUGGGAGAAGAAAAGCGGGUGGCUUAUGAUUGAAUGUAUAUCUCGAAUUUGGGUAUAGAUAUACGUGUAUUGGUGUUGCUCUUGGAUGAUAUCUCUAUCUCUACCACAGCGGAAAAGGGUUAAGGGGAGUUUGGUUUACAGCGACAAACAGGUAUUAAAAGAUAUGUAUGAAUCAAUAAAAAGAAAGAUGGGAGUUUCCCAUGUUUUAUGAAAACAAGAUCUGAACGUUGGGGAGGGGGAUCAUCGGGUACUCUUAACUAUCGUUGCUUGUGACUUUGGUACGGAAUCGGAAUGGGCUAAGUGUGCCUAGUUCCCUAGGUAGGCUAUUACUCGGUGAUAAGAAGCCCAGGUAGAUAUGUAGGUACUAGACACGGGGGGAGAGAAGAUGAAGCAAGUAUGAAGCUGUGAAGCUGCGAUAGGGGAUAAGGUUGAUGAUGAAUGGACGCACUUCAACUUCGUGAGCACGGUCCGGAUUACUAGCUCAGGGCCGAGUAUCUACUAUGUGUUUGAUUAUAUUUGAUUGUGUUACGGGAAGUCCGGCAUGGUAAUUGACUUCACGACAAGGUCACAAGGUCACAGGGUCACGAAAGAGCGAUCCCCCUAUCAAAUAUAUCAAAUAAUAGACGGAUAACAAGAUAGGCAAGUAGGUCAUCAAAGUCCUGGGGAUCAAAAUCAAAAUGGUUCACAAAAAUAUGUUAGCGUCAUA